CUGGGUGUGGCCGCCGUCUCGUGUGGCGGAGCCUGCACGGUUCCCUCCCCGCAGCCGAACACCCAGCAGCAGCUCGGUGGUGGCGGCCCGGCUCCAGCUCUUCACGUGGGACGCCUGAGGAAAUCGGUCAGGAAGGAUGAGCGAACUGGAACAGUUGAGGCAGGAAGCUGAGCAGCUGCGGAAUCAGAUCCAGGACGCUAGGAAGGCCUGCAACGAUGCCACGCUGGUUCAGAUCACGUCUAAUAUGGACUCCGUGGGUCGGAUACAAAUGCGAACAAGGCGCACGCUGCGGGGCCACCUCGCUAAGAUCUACGCCAUGCACUGGGGAUAUGAUUCCAGGCUACUAGUCAGUGCAUCCCAAGAUGGAAAAUUAAUUAUUUGGGAUAGCUAUACCACAAAUAAGAUGCAUGCCAUUCCGCUGAGGUCUUCCUGGGUGAUGACCUGCGCCUAUGCCCCAUCUGGGAACUAUGUUGCCUGUGGAGGCUUGGACAACAUCUGCUCCAUAUACAACCUGAAGACGCGUGAGGGGAACGUGCGGGUGAGCAGAGAACUGCCAGGACACACAGGCUACUUGUCCUGCUGUCGAUUCCUAGAUGAUGGACAGAUCAUCACCAGCUCAGGAGACACAACUUGUGCUCUGUGGGACAUCGAGACGGGGCAGCAGACUACGACCUUCGCAGGACACUCGGGUGACGUGAUGAGUCUCUCACUGAGUCCUGACCUGAAGACCUUUGUUUCUGGUGCUUGUGAUGCAUCUUCAAAGCUGUGGGAUGUCCGAGACGGCAUGUGUAGACAGUCUUUCACAGGACACAUCUCGGACAUCAACGCUGUCAGCUUCUUCCCAAGCGGCUAUGCCUUUGCCACGGGCUCCGAUGAUGCCACCUGCCGGCUCUUUGACCUCCGUGCAGACCAAGAGCUACUGCUGUAUUCUCAUGACAACAUCAUCUGCGGGAUCACGUCCGUGGCUUUCUCCAAGAGCGGCCGCCUUCUGCUAGCCGGCUAUGAUGACUUCAACUGCAGCGUGUGGGAUGCGCUGAAAGGAGGCCGGGCAGGUGUCCUUGCUGGUCAUGACAACCGUGUUAGCUGCUUAGGUGUGACUGAUGACGGCAUGGCUGUGGCCACCGGCUCCUGGGACAGUUUUCUUAGAGUCUGGAAUUAACAGUGUCGUGUGUUCUGUUCUCCAAUGGCUAUCUGGAGAUCCAUGCUACAGCCUACAGCUGUGAGAAGAAACUCUACCUUCUGUUUGCGGAUGAGGAUUUUUCUAUUGAGAUGACUACAUACGAAAGAAAGCAUCUUUGAAUAAAGUACAGCCAAAUGGUGGUCAGAGACAAUCAAGACUAAGGUCCCUUGCUGAGGGUGAAGGGCCUGGGUAUUGAGCAGUUGUGCUGACAUUAAGCCCGACAGAUUCCUGCUUGUGCUGGUCCUUUCUCUGUAGAUUAGAAUGCACAUUCUGUAGCGGGUGACUGUGUGUUUGCAUUUUGUUAGGGACUCCCCUUGAACUCUGUAUAUAUGAGAAACAUCACAUUUUUAAAGUAUUGUCAUGGUAGAGCCAGGACAGGCAGCAGUGAUAUUGUAGAUAUAUGUGCUGUCUGAAGGUGUCCCCUUGGGCUCUGACAUUGCAUUUGAGUCAGGAUGGCCUCAUGAUUAGGAGGGCUGAUAGGUGAGGUGGCUCUGCAGAAGCCAGUGGCUGUUCAUGCAUUCUUUGCCAUGCUGGGGAUCUAAGUAAGUGCUCCUUUUGAGUCAUUUGAGGGGACAGGUGAUGUGAAGGCCAGGGGGUAAAAAUUUCACCGACAUAGGGGGGCACAAUGAAAUGUCAUUACAAUUUAUUAUAACCAGUAGACAUUGGCAUGUAUGUUAAUUUUUGGUAUUCUAAAAGGCUGAGCCCUUUGAACCUUUAGAUCUUGCUGUUAAUUUCACAUUCUGAAACCAAGUUUGUAGAAUGUACUAGUAUUUCAGAAGUUUGACAAAACCUGACUUGCCCCUGCUUCUGAAGACUCCUGUCCAGUAUUCUCUGUAACGGGUAGGAAAAGUGGCUCACCUUUAACAUUUCUGAGAAAUGUAAACUCAUUCACUCAGCUGGCACUAACAUAUAUAAGAUGGCUUUAUGAAUUCUGUGUAAUGUGAGAUCUGAAUUGGUAUAAAUUAUCUGCACCCUUAAACCUUUGCUCUUCUAUUUUGGUGGUGCUGCAGAAGGAAUCUAGGGCCUUGUGCCCACAAGGCUUGCUCUGCACCCCGGCUCCUCAGAUGCAAGCAAGCGUUCUGCUGCCGUGCAGUAAUUCCUCCAGAGCACGACGUACCUGUUCCUACGCAGCUUGCAGCUGAGUGUGCAGAGCCGGCCCCUGGAGCCUACAGCAUUGUUUCAGAGGGUCCGCUCACAGCAGGCUGUCCAAUUGCUCUGUCCUGCCUCUCCUCUUGUUUACUCCUAAAAUUUAAAUGACUGACAAUAGCAGACUGUUACCUCUUGCUGGGUGCUGCCUUCAUGGGUUACCUGGAUGUAUACAAAACAUUGUUUGAAACUCAGUAACACAUAUGUUGCUGUUUGUUAAAGUUGAUCACCUGUAACUGUAACUUUAACACUUCCAAACUCUGGCAUUUUCAUCCUUAUACUGUGACUGUGCCAGUGUAUGUGUCUGCUGGGAUGAAAUCAGCAGCAGCUUUAUUAAGGUCAGUUGCGCUUCACGUACUACAAUGAACAGAGCCUCCUCCCCCACUGGACCUAAGUGGGGCAGAACGGGAAUGAAAAGCUGACAGACACAGGAGAGCUGGGGCCAUGGAAGAAACUGCAGCCCCCAGGAAGUGAGUUUGUUACAUGGAAUGGCCCAGAGUUAGUGCUGCUGCAUACAGGUGAACAAAGAGGCAGCCUUUACGGUACGCAGCUGGACCACGGAGACAGGGUUAGCUAAUCUGGGUGAGGGCGCUAUGGUGGACACAGCCCAUCAACACUCAUACCCAAGCCAUUCUCCCGCACGUCUGAACCCAAGCCAUUCUCCCGCACGUCUGAAGCAAGGGUCCUUGUCACGGGAGCGCCCGUGUCACGGCACACAUUCCACACAUGCGCUCCCAACAGCAGAGAGGUGAACCAAGAUACAGUAUUGAAGAGAAAAAGACCCAUCAAUGGCAGGUGUGACUGUACCUCAGUCCUCAUUCUGGGACCCCUUUGCUCUUGCCUAUUUGUGAAAUAGGGAGGUUACUUUAUGAAGCAUAGCUCUCUGAAAUAGGGCACAAUUUACUUAAAAGAGAAGAAUAAAAAAGACAGUGCUGGGCUGGAAUCUAGCCCUCCUUGUAUGUGCUGCGCUGUACCUCUGGGCUGCACCUGCGGCCUGCCCCACCCAAGCCAGAGCUGAGGCACAUUAGAGGGUCGCAGUCAUGUCCCCAAAAGGGUGUGUUUCCAACACUGCUGUGUAACUCAGAACUCAUCCAAAACUCUGUUCAAAACAGCACUUCUGAUAUGUAUUUUAAAACGGGGCUAAAGGAUUUAAUCUGUGGUAAAGUGCUUGAAGCGCAGGGCCCUGGGUUCAGUCCUCAGCUUUGUCAGUCAAAAGUCAUACUGAAGAAUUCUAUGGCCCUAAAUAUUUUAGAAUGGAAUUCAGGGCAGGAGAGUUGGCUAAGCAGAUAAGAGCACUUGUUACUCUUGCAAAGAACCUGGGUUCAAUUCCCAGCAACCAUGUGGCAGCUCACAACCACCUGUAACUCCAGUCUCAGGGAAUAUGACUCCCUUGGACACAAGGCAAACAUUUGUACACAUAGAUCUAUAUUUAAAAAGGGGGUGUGCUUCCAUGUAUUCAAAGCUUGUCCCUUACAAUGCAGCUGGAGAGUAACCAUGCGAACAUAUGGCUCACUGCAUACAGUGCCAAUGUUUGGCACAGUAGUGACCGUAGUCAAGCUGCUUUCUACUGGUGGGUACCUUUAGGGUUUCUCUGCAGUUUGUUGUGGCUAAAUACACUGGCUUGCCUGAGACAUCCUGAAAUUAGCCUGUAUAAUGUGCCUUAGCAGGUUGAUGCUUAGCAUGCAAAACAUCAAACAAAAGUUUGAGACUGGCAAGAUUUUUAACAUUUUGCUGUGGCUUCUGCCUUGGCCUCUAGCUGAUUCCACAGCAUUUUCCCCGAGAGUGUUGCAAAGGCACACGAUCUUUUCUAAGACAUUCCUCAAAGUACUGUUCAACAAGGACAGCUCUACCCUGAGAUGAGAAAGUUCAUUUUUGGCAGCUGUGCUCCAUGUAAUAUUCCAGGUCCCUAACGAGCUUGGACUCAGUUGUGAUACACAUAUACUGUAUUGAAUUCCAAAUUCAUAAAAAACAGUGAGUGUUGGGCUCUGGUUCUUCAAGUUCAAGUCUAAUCAGUGGCUGUCAUUUUAAUUUAGACUUGGCAAGCUGAUUGAUGAUGUGUUUCUGAGAUGUAAGGAACUUGAAUCUGAACAGGACCUAGUGCAGUCCCGUAACCCUUCGCCUGGGGGGUUGCAUGUGAAGGACCACAGAGGGACCACUGAGAGUUGAGGCCAGUCAGCCAGGGCUGUGAGGUGGAAACCUUAUUUAUCCCAGGGACUGGAGAGAUGGCUCUUCUCACAGAGCACAGGAGUACAGUUCCCAGUCAACUGCCUGUAACUUCAAGGGGCCCAAAGCCCUCUUCUGACCUUCUCAGGCCCCACACACACAAACCUAAUUUAAAUAAAUCCCCCUUUGAAGAAAAAGAAACCCUAUCUUAAAAAAAAAAAAGACCAUAAAAAUGACCAUUCUAUUGUUGAAAGUACUCUCCAAUCCCAUUGAAGACUAGGGUUAGGAGUAAAACUAAGACUUUGUUUUAGAAGUGAAAGUAUUCAGGGAAAUUAAGUGGGUACGAACAUCUUGGAUUUUGAAUCAUAAUGCACAUUCUUGUAUUAACUAGCCUAGAAAAACUGAAUAAGCAGACCCCAGAUGGACCCUGCCAUCAUUUAAAUACAGAACAUCCCUUUAGACUCUGCAGAUCAGACCUGGCUUGUACUGUGUUUGUUUUCUGGCCACUGUGGAAAGCACUGGUUUUACCAAGAUGAUCUUAAACUGAUCCUGUGGGACGUGAGGCGCACAGCAGACUCACUUCUGCUGGUCACAGGUGCUCAUGGGAUGUCUGAGUCAGCACUGUUAGCCACAGGCAGAUGGAACAUCUUGUAUUUAGGAAAUAUUUUCCAUGUUUAUAGUUUUCUAAGAGUUUUUUUUUUUUCUUAAACCCAAUGGCUGAUUUUGUAAAACAGGUGUAAUAAUGUAGCAUUAUGAGGAAAAAAACUUUUCAACUAUAAGAACUGUAUCCAACAAAAUCUUCCAUAGCAUAGUCUGUUAACUCGGACUUCUGUGAUACAGCUGUAGGCUGUCCAGGCCCUUCUGUCUUUAUACAACGGUGCUCUACCCUAUCAUUUUCUUCUCUUUGAACAUCUGCAUUGUUCAAAGCCAUCAGAUAGCAUAAAUGUGUCUUGAAGCAGAUUUGAGAAUUUUCCUAUAAGGCACCUUGGAAAUGCCCUCAAGUAUUUUCAACACAGAAAGCCAGCUGACUAUGAAUGUCAGCCAUAUGUCUAAAGCUUUCCCAUACAAGCAGAGGACUUGUGCCAGGAUCCAACAGUGCUGAGCUAGAACAGUGAUCCCCUAUUUGUUCAGUAGCUUGUGCAAUGCUGUUGUAGUAAGCUGUACUAUACUCUGUAAUCAAUAAAGUGCUUUUCACUGUC